UUUUUUGUAUGUUAUUAUGGCGGAUAGCGAAGAGGGGGACCAUUUUGGAGCAGUGGACACAGCUACUACUGCUACUGCUGCUACUACUACAACUAGUACUAGUAGUUUCUCUCAGUUGUUAUUUUCUGAUGAUGAUAAUGAUAUUGUGGGUCUUAACGAUAUGGGCCCAAGCCUUUCUUUUCAUCAUCCCUACUCUUCUUCCAUCAAGCUUCCUAAAAUGCUUUCUUUUGGGGGUUAUGAUAAUCCAUAUCUUCAUCAUCAUCAUCAUCAUCGUCAAAAGAACGAAGUUGAUGAUGGUAAUAAUGUUGUGUUGCUUACACCUCAGAAAUCUGGGGUCACGUGCAGUGACUCUUCUUCUGCUUCUUCUGCCAACAACAACAGUAACAAUAGUGUCAAUGUCAAUAUCAAUACUGCCUCCAAAUCUAAUAGAAAAAGAAAUGGUUCAGGCCAAGGAACAGCGCAGUGCAGUACUAACCCCAUAGCCAAAACUCAGAGAACUAGUAAAAAGACCAAAAUGGAGAAUCCCACAUCCACUGGCCAACCAAAGAUAAGGAAAGAGAAACUGGGAGAAAGAAUCAAUGCAUUGCAGCAACUUGUAUCACCCUUUGGCAAGACUGAUACAGCAUCAGUGCUACAUGAAGCGAUGGGAUAUAUCAGGUUCCUUCACGACCAGGUUCAGGUGCUGUGCUCUCCCUACCUGCAACACCAACCUGAGGUUGAAGAAAAUGGGGAAGAACCAAGAAAGGACUUGAGGAGCAGGGGAUUGUGUCUGGUCCCAGUGGAAUGCACAGCACACGUGGCAAGCAGCAAUGGUGCUGAUUACUGGUCGCCAGCCAUGGUCAACAAUUUCUCAUCAUCCUCAUCAUCAACAAAGCAGUGAAUGCAAUUUAGCAGUUCAAUGUUACCUAAAAGUAACACAUUUUGAUAGCUAGCGAACAAAAGGGUAAAAGAGGGUUCAAAAAAACAAAAAGAAAGACAAGGAAAAAAGAAGUGUAGGUGAAAAGGGUUGUCAUCUUUUAUGGUUUAGAUUAGGUAAGGUAAGAAAAGUUAGAAAGGAAAGGAAGAAUCUUUUUUCUUUCUUUUUUUCUUUUAACUUGCUUUUGGUAGAGAGAAUACACAACUGGGUUUUUGCCUGGGAUGACCUUUUAGCAUGUUUUACACCUGUAUAUUUUCUAGGCUUGACCAAUUACCAAUGCCAUUUUGAGUAAACGGCUAGUUGCCUUUGCAGUUA